UCAGGCGGCGGUUGUAAACACGGAAGUGCUGGUCUCAGGAAGCAUUCUGACUUUCUCUGGUCGUGGAGAGGCUCGCUUUAACGUCGCAGAGCAGCGGGAUGAUGAACAGGAUGGCCGGCUGUCUGAAGGUGACUGUAGCCGUGAUGGUGGUUUUAGCUGCCGUGGUAUUUCAGGCAAACUGCGACUCUUUUGAAAUGAAGAGAGUCAGGAGUGCAAAGGUUUUGGGUUUUGACUGGAAAAACUGCGGACAGCCCGACGCUCCGGCGGUGCUAAAGAGCCUGACUGUGUCUCCAGAUCCCAUCAACAUUCCGGGAUCACUGACGGCCGCUGCGUCUGGAUCCACGUUGGUUGAGCUCGCCUCCCCUCUUUCUGUGAAUGUGACCAUGGAGAAGGAGGUGGCGGGUUUCUGGGUGAAGAUCCCCUGCCUGGAGCAGCUUGGCAGUUGUCACUAUAAGGACGCCUGCGAAAUUCUGAAUCAGCUGAUCCCACCGGGACAGGAUUGUCCCGAACCGCUGCACACCUACGGCCUUCCCUGCCACUGCCCCUUCAAAGCGGGCUCUUACUCGCUGCCUCAGUCUCAGUUCUACCUGCCUUACAUGGACCUGCCUUACUGGCUCACCAAUGGGAACUACAGAGUUCAGGGAAUCCUGGGAGGUGGAGGCAAAGAGCUGGGCUGCCUCAAGCUGUCUCUGUCCAUUCACUCCAACUGAGGAGAUGAUUCACAGCAGCUUCAUGUUUCUGUUUAUCUGCACAGAAAAAUGAUGUAACUACAGGCUUUAGAAAGUUGCGUCAACUUUUAAUCUUAUGUUUGAUCCACGUUUCAGCAGCUGUCGUUUCCCCACAUCAGGGGAAAACAAACACAUGUAAGCAGAUUAGGUACUACUGACGGUGUUUCAUUUAAACAGGAUCAAGGUUUUGCUAGAUUUUUCUUUCUUUUUUUGUUUAAUUCUAUGCUUUCAUUUUCAAGAAAAAUUACAUUCUGCAUAUGAGCCUUUUAUUCUAUUUUUAUUGUUGACUUUUGUGACAAGCUACAUUUUAUUUGAAAAUUGUCUUUUUUUUUCUAUUCAGUGGUACAAGUUUUUCUUUUUUUUCAGCUCAGAAAGACUGUGAUUAUAUUUUUAACAGUUAACAAAAACCAAGUUGUGCAGUUUAAUUCAUUCUGCACAACUUUUGGCCAGUUUGUUAAAAUGUUAAGAUUUUUUUCUUUCUUCAACAAGUUUUUUUCUUUUUUUUUAAGAUUAGGGUAACAGAACGAUAAUGAAAACUUAAGUGGGGGUCUGUGAACUAUUUGACUAAAUCUGUAAACAUAGUAGUAUAAUAAACUUAAACAUGGGUCAUAUUGUUGCACACACAAAUCCCAGUGUUUGAGGCAACAUUACAUCUCUUGUUUAGUUUGCAUCAUCUCAGGUAAAAGGAUGAGGUCAUUUUUUCUUCAUUAACACUCGGUUUAAAAAACAAAAGACUUUAUUUCGUGGUCAUAUGCACAUUUUACAGCAUUUCAAAUAUUCUCCUUAUAAUGUUAAAGCAAAAUCAUUCCAACAGUAAAUAAAAGCUUGAAAAAAUUGCCAUAUUCAUUAAAAUACUAUGUUUUAAUAAAUAUGUUUUUUUGCACAGUAUAAUUGUGUUUUACUCUUAUUUCUGUAGCAUCAAGAAGGCAAAAUGAAAGUGAUUUUAUGUUUUUAUGCCUGGGUGAGAAUGUCUUAUUUCUUUUAUUUUGUUGAGGAAACGAUUUUAACAAAUCUAUUAGUGGCCAACAUAUAGUAAAUAGGUUUUAAUUGCAGCUGGUAGUUUUAGCCAAGUUCCUUUUUUUUUUUUAGAACAAAUUCCAAGACAAUUCUGCCUUUAUAUAAUUUAGGAAAAUAUACAGUUUGUUUUUCAUUAUGUAAAUAAUCAUACUGUUAUAUUUGCACAUGCGCACAGUCUACCGUUUUUCUUAAGAUUUUUAUUUUAUUUAAAGUAA